AAGGUGAUCAUCCAAAAACGCAUACGUACACUCUCGCGCGCACACACACACACAAAUAGUGUCGACACUAAGAAAAGGCCUCUGCUGUCUCAGUCUCCGCGUUGGGGCAGUUUUGAUCAGUUGGUUCAAAUACGACCGGAAAAAGUUUCUAAUAAUUAAUUAUCAACACAGUUACCACGGUUGAAAUUAUCAUUACCAAUGGCUUUCGGUAGCAUGGCACAGUGUGACCACUGGACGAACUCGACAUCGAUGCUGUGAUUCACUUUCUUUGUGAGAAAAAAAAAAGAAGCAACAAGAAAAUGACUAGUUACGAAAGCGACUUGGAAAUGAGGGAAACAUUACUUAUGUGAAGUGUAUCAUGUGAUUCUCAUGACGUGUUUCGAACGUGUUGAUUACACAGAUUGUAUCAGAGACAAAUUGUUCUUUAAUAUAAUAAUCAGCGACGCAAAGCAGACUUGAUUUCAACGCUGCUCCAAAUAGUGAUCAGGCGGGAUGGAAGUGUUGAGCCCCGUCGGCUCUUUCCCUCCACACGACGAUGCCCCGAUGGACCUCAGCACGGGCAAAGGUCGCAUGCGACACCCAAACCCUCACCACUACAAGAACGAUCAUCACCAGCCUUUUUUGAUGACUGAAAAUCCUUGGAAGUCGUUGGCCGAUGCGAGCAGAUACGCGAGAUAUGUCCCGAAAGCAGAUCCUCCAGAUUCACAGCCCUCGCUGCUUAGUCCACCGUCGGACCAUCGCCUCCCGCCCCCGCCUCCGCCUUCUAGUUUUCCUACCCCGACCUUUCCUUCCAGCCGUUAUAUUCCGAUCCCGAAGAAAAGAUACAGCUUAGCUCGUGCUUCGACGCCCACAACUUCGUCUGACCCUAUGUCCUUAAACUUAGCGUCCUACACAGGAUAUUCGCCCCCCUCGGCUAGUGACUGCCCAACGUUCAGCUCUCUCCCGCCAGAAUCCGCCAGAAAAAGAGCGAGGUUAGAAACAUCCAGGUCGAUAUCACCGACUUCAUCCGUGGAUGAACGAGGCCACAUGCCCCCGGCCACCGUACACGCAGACGCCAAAAACAGUACCAGCGUCAUCACGUGUUGCAAGGGCCUCUUGGUAAACGGUCACAAUAAUUGCAACAAUAACAAAGUCAACAGCUUCGGCGGCCAGAGAAGACACAUCGUCUCGGGGGAGGAGCUUAGCGGGCGGGGUACGGAUGAAAAAGUGGUGGCCAGGGGAAGCUCAAAUCAGUCAGCCAUGAGACAGCGACAGAAGCACCGGUUGCCUUCCAACAUAGGAGCUUCUUCGUCUGCUGGGACAUCGCUAUCGGGAAUGAGUGGUAUUGGAGGAGGAGGCAGUGGGGUUGGAGUAGGAGGAGGAGGAUUUGGUGUCGGAGGAGACGGUAGUGACAGGGGGAGUGGUGAUGAUAACCAAGGGAACCAACAUCUCCUCAACGCCCUUAUGCAAUUGCAGGCGACGUCGCAGACGCCGACGGAAUUUUUGCCGCCGUCUGCAAUCAAAGACACGGAGGCGCUUCUGUCUGCCAUGAGGCAAUCCCAGAUACUCUAUUACACUUACUGCUCGCAGCUCAUUCAGAACCUCCGUGCCAAGCAAUUGCAAAGCCAGGCGCACCUGCACGCUCAAGUCCCCCGGCAAGAACACACUUCGGAGGAUAGCGGCCUCGACUGCGACAUGGAAGAAAAACACUCCAAUCAGGAUGACCUGUUGUCGAAGUCUUCGGAGGACUUCGAAGAGGAUGCCAGAGAGGAAGAUACGACCGAGGAUGAAGACCAUCUCACCAGCCUCAACUCCAUCUUAAGAAUGAGGCUUAAUACCCAAGAAUCGCUGGAUUCCCCAAUAUCACCCGCCGCUUCUCCGAGUGGAACCCUCCCGUCAAGCACCACGGGAGGAGACGACUACGACUACUCUCCCUCAGAAGCCUCCGGGAGGGCGCGCAAGCGAGCUCCCAGGGCCUUGACCGGAAAACACGUGAGGCCGGGCACAGGGGCGUCUGCCACGACGCUUCUAACCUUGCGCCAGAAGCUUGAGGAAAGGCAGAAGUAUCGGGAGCAGUACGGCACUGAUCCCCCGCUGCCCACCAAGAGCAAAGGGAAGUCGAAGAAAAGGUGAACCAGGGGAGGGGAGUGAGAGGCGCCCUCGCGUCCACUUGGUUUUCUCUCUGUAGGUUUAAUCACAAUCAAAACAACCGUCUUUCAUAUCAUUACUUGUAGUUGCGAAUGCGUAGGCCUAGUGUAGUUUUGUUUUUAUGUGAGUAUCUGGUUCUUGAUCGGACCGUUAAUCAGCGUAGUAGUCUUAAGCAUGUCAUUAUCGGAACCCUUCUUUAUUUCCUCCUGCCAGAACAAAGCUCAACCAGGCAGCUGUAAUGGGAAGUUGCAAUCUUUAAAAGACCAUGCGUUUACGUAUGUUUAUAUCAUUUCAAACGUGUUUAGUGGUACCAAAUCCCUCAAAAUUUCGUCUAGCAUUGUUGCUAGUUUAUGUGUAUCCAGUUUUCUUGCUUCGUCUUUUUUUAUCAGCAUCCCUCUCAAACACUUACUUGUACCAAAGUAGACGUCGUUGGAAUCCACAAGCUCUUGAGUUUUCAGGGUCUCUUAUACUUUUGAAUGAUUCAACAGGGUAAUCGGAGGUAAUGUUGUCUAGUCUACAGAAAAAUAUUGUUAAUGUACUUGGAAUCGAAUCGCUAGUUAUAUUUGACAUUGCCAAGUCUAAUAAAUAUGCAAGAACGUAUACGUUUCUAUCCAAGUGUAUAUUACCGCCGAUCAUUUUCUCCUUUUAACAUUGUUGUUAAUGUAUUAUAUAUACUAACCAUUGUAGAUAAACAUUUUAAAUUAACGUUUUGGGUAUGAUGGGCUUUUAAUUGAGCUACAUGCUGCUUAAAACCCUCGAGGAGAUCAUUAAAAAGCAAUUAUGAUUUGGUUGUAUGAGAUGAGAAUAAGUUUGCUUACAACAUUUCCAGAGGUCACACGUCGACUCAGAAUGUAGUUUGCGAGAUGUAGUUAUAGAUGCGUUGAGAAAAGGAAUAAAGAACGUUUAUCUCCUAUACGGGAAGGCAAAACAUGAGAAAUGUGCCUGAGGAAACGUCUCGACAGGUUUGAAAUAGAGGCAGAGUUUGACAAGGCAGGUUGAAGCGCGGUGUCUAUUGUGGGUCUCAUCUCUACGUGCUCUGAGGUCGCUUUUCGCUUGAAUCGAGACUCCCGCUUCCAUUCCUUUGGGGUUAGUCGUGUCAGUGUCGGGUUAACCUGGGGUUAUUAAGGACUGUGGACUCCCAUAGAAACAGCUCUCUCUCUCUAUCCCUC